GCGGAGGUGGCUGCCGCAAGUGCCGAGGUUGAGGAGGACGCCGCCCCCGCAUCCGUGGCGGAGGUGGAGGCCCCCAAGGCCGAGGAGGCUGUCGUCGAAGAGGCCCCCGCAGUGGCGGUAGAAGAGGAGGCUGCUGCCACUGUGGUUGAGGAGGCGAAGGAGGCCGAGGUCGUGCUGGAGGUUGCAGAGCCAGAGGCCCCAGUGGCGGAGGCGGCUGCGCCCGAGGCAGCCGUCGCUGAGGAGGUGAAGGAGGCCGAGGCCGCCCCCGAGGUGGCCCCUGAGGUGGAGUCGCGCGAGCAGGAGCUGCCGGUGGCGAGCGAGGAGGUGGUACCAGAGGCUGUACCAGAAGCGGUACCAGAAGCCGUGGCUAAGGCGGAGGUGGCUGCCGCAAGUGCCGAGGUUGAGGAGGAGGCCGCCCCCGCACCCGUGGCGGAGGUGGAGGCCCCCAAGGCGGAGGAGGCUGUGGUCGAAGAGGCCCCCGCAGUGGCGGUAGAAGAGGAGGCUGCUGCCACUGUGGUGGAGGAGGCUAAGGAGGCCAAGGUCGUGCCGGAGGUUGCAGAGCCAGAGGCCCCAGUGGCGGAGGCGGCUGCGCCCGAGGCAGCCGUCGCUGAGGAGGUGGAGGAGGCCGAGGCCGCCCCCGAGGUGGCCCCUGAGGUGGAGUCGCGCGAGGUGGAGCUGCCGGUGGCGAGCGAGGAGGUGGUACCAGAGGCUGUACCAGAAGCGGUACCAGAAGCCGUGGCUGAGGCGGAGGUGGCUGCCGCAAGUGCCGAAGUUGAGGAGGAGGCCGCCCUCGCACCCGUGGCGGAGGUGGAGUCCCCCAAGGCCGAGGAGGCUGUGGUCGAAGAGGCCCCCGCAGUGGCGGUGGAAGAGGAGGCUGCUGCCACUGUGGUUGAGGAGGCGAAGGAGGCCGAGGUCGUGCCGGAGGUUGCAGAGCCAGAGGCCCCAGUGGCGGAGGCGGCUGCGCCCGAGGCAACCGUCGCUGAGGAGGUGAACGAGGCCGAGGCCGCCCCCGAGUUGGCCCCUGAGGUGGAGUCGCGCGAGGUGGAGCUGCCAAUGGCUAGCGAGGAGGUGGUACCAGAGGCUGUACCAGAAGCCGUACCAGAUGCCGUUUCUGAGGCGGAGGUGGCUGCCGCAUGUGCCGAGGUUGAGGAUGAGGCCGCCCCCGCACCCGUGGCGGAGGUGGAGGCCCCCAAGGCCGAGGAGGCUGUGGUCGAAGAGGCCCCCGCAGUGGCGAUGGAAGAGGAGGCUGUGGCUGAGGAGGCCGCUGCCCCUGUGGAGGAGGAGGCCAAGGCGGCUGAUGUCGUGCCGGAGGUUGCAGAUCUAGAGGCCCCAGUGGCGGAGGCGGCUGCGCCCGAUGAAGCCGCUGCUGCCCCUAUGGUGACGGAGGCGAAGCAGGCCGAUGUCGUGCCGGAGGUUGCAGAGCCAGAGGCCCCAGUGGCGGAGGCGGCUGCGCUCGAGGCAGCCGUCGCUGAGGAGGUGAAGGAGGCCGAGGCCGUCCCCGAGGUGGCCCCUGAGGUGGAGUCGCGCGAGGUGGAGCUGCCGGUGGCGAGCGAGGAGGUGCUACCAGAGGCUGUACCAGAAGCGGUACCAGAAGCCGUGGCUGAGGCGGAGGUGGCUGCCGCAAGUGCGGAGGUUGAGGAGGAGGCCGCCCCCGCAUCCGUGGCGGAGGUGGAGGCCCCCAAGGUGGAGGAGGCUGUGGUCGAAGAGGCCCCCGCAGUGGCGGUAGAAGAGGAGGCUGCUGCCACUGUGGUGGAGGAGGCGAAGGAGGCCAAGGUCGUGCCGGAGGUUGCAGAGCCAGAGGCCCCAGUGGCGGAGGCGGCUGCGCCCGAGGCAGCCGUCGCUGAGGAGGUGAAGGAGGCCGAGGCCGCCCCCGAGGUGGCCCCUGAGGUGGAGUCGCGCGAGGUGGAGCUGCCGGUGGCUAGCGAGGAGGUGGUACCAGAGGCUGUACCAGAAGCCGUACCAGAAGCCGUUUCUGAGGCGGAGGUGGCUGCCGCAAGUGCCGAGGUUGAGGAGGAGGCCGCCCCCGCACCCGUGGCGGAGGUGGAGGCCCCCAAGGCCGAGGAGGCUGUGUCGAAGAG